AUGCAGUUACUUGCGCUCUCCUUGCUGGCCGCUUCGGCCUCCGUGGUGGAUGCUUGCGUCAGCGAUCAUCUCAUGGAUAGAUCGUUCGACACGAGACAAUUGGACCUUGUCAAACGGGAUAGCCAACCUCCCCCACCCAUCACCGAGAAUGAGUCGAUCUUGAUGAACUCGUUCGACAACGACACAAUCAGCGAUUGGCUAUACUACUAUACUCAUGGCCUUCACGUCGCCGGCACCAACAAGACCAUGGCUCAAUGGACGGCCGACAAAUGGACUGAAUUCGGAGUCCCGUCAACCCUGGCCGAUUAUCACGUCUUUUUGAACUACCCAGUCUCCAGCUCGCUGUCCCUGACCCUCCCCGACGGCACUGUCGUGGACGUGAAUCUGGAUGAAGAUGUCCUUGAAAAAGACGACACCUCCAGCUACCCCAAUCGCGUUCCAAUCUUCCACGGUUACUCUGCUUCAGGUGAAGCAAAAGCUGAAUUUGUCUAUGUCGGCCGCGGGCAACAAGUUGACUUUGACCGCCUUGUUGAGCUGGGUGUUGAUCUCAAGGGUAAAAUCGCCCUAUCAAGAUAUGGCGGCCCCUUCAGAGGUUUGAAAGUCAAGAAUGCCCAAGAUUAUGGCAUGAUCGCUUGCGUCAUCUUCACAGACCCUGGUGAUGACGGUAAUGUGACUGCAGCCAACGGAUACGUGACUUAUCCCGAUGGACCUGCCAGAAAUCCUUCUUCCGUUCAACGUGGAUCUGUUCUGUUUUUGUCCACUGCUCCUGGUGACCCCACUACCCCGGGCUAUCCCUCCAAGGAAGACUCUCCUCGUGCUGAUACUAGUCCUGUGGUCCCAAAAAUCCCAUCGUUGCCGAUUUCCUAUGCCAAUGCACAGAAAAUCCUGAUCCACUUGGAUGGACAUGGUCAAUCCGCUGACGCUGUCAACCGAACCAAGUGGGUUGGAGGCCUUGAUGUUGAUUAUUCUACCGGCCCUGCUCCUGGCGCUGAGCUCUCCGUGUCCAACAUUAUGCGCGACGAGGUUCGCCCGAUCUAUAACCCCAUUGGAAUAAUUAACGGCACAAAGCAAGACGAAGUCAUCGUGAUUGGCAACCAUUGGGAUGCUUGGGUUAUUGGCGGAGCUGUCGAUCCUAACUCUGGAUCAGCUGUUAUGGUCGAACUUGCAAAAGCGCUCGGAAAACUCCAGGAGACUGGAUGGAAACCAAAGAGAACUAUUGUUCUGGGCUCCUGGGAUGGUGAAGAGUACGGCCUUCUUGGCUCAACUGAGUGGGUUGAAGAAUACGUUAACUGGCUCAAGGAAACUUGCGUGGCCUAUGUUAACAUCGACUCCGCUGUUUCCGGCCCCCACCCCGGCUUGUCUGGCACCCCCGGUCUCCACGAGCUUUCCAUCGAGCUCAUGAAGAAGGUUGCCUGGCCAUACAAGGGAGACGAGAGUCUAACCAUGUACGACAUGUGGAUGGCUAAUAGCAAAGGAAGGGUUGGUGUUUUGGGAAGCGGCUCUGACUACACCGCAUUUGUUCACGCCGGUAUUCCAGCGGUGAACAUUGGCUCAUCCAGUGGUUCGGGUGACCCCAUCUACCAUUAUCACUCCAACUACGACUCCUUCUACUGGAUGGACACCUUCGGCGACCCCGGAUUCGUUUUCCACAAAGCGAUGGGCCAGUACCUGGCUCUGCUCACCUACCAUCUCGCCUCUGACGACAUCAUUCCAUUCGAAGUGAACAACUACGGCCGAGAGUUCGCCAAAUACCUCGUCGAGCUUAAGAAGACCAUUGAAUCUUCCACCGUCACUCUCGAUCUGUCCCGCCUCGAGGCUGCCAUUGAUGUCUUCAACAAGGCUGCUGCUGCAACCACUACAUUGAGAGAGGAGGCCAUCAAGGCAAACGAUGCGCGCCUUGUUGACCUCGUCAAUGCCAAGUUCCGCGACUUCGAGAGAGGCUUUGUUAGCCAGGGUGGAUUGCCCGGCCGAAUUUUCUUCAAGCAUCUGAUCUGGGCUCCUGGUCAGGACACUGGAUACGCCCCAACCACCUUCCCUGGCAUCACGGAAGCCGUUCAGGCCGGCAACCAUGCUCUAGCUCAAGAGUUCGUCGAGAAGACCAGCAAUGCCAUCUACGUUGCUGCUGGAAUCUUGACCCCAUAA